CCCCCCGCAAAAACAGCCUCCUCGCGACAAAGCUUCCCUCAACCAACACCACCCUGGAUAACAUAUCGUGAUGGCCUCGUCAAACGGCAUUCGCCUUCCUCUGGACGCCUACACAGUUGGCUGGGUAUGCGUCCUGGAACCCGAAUUCGCCGCGGCGCGAGUUCUUCUAGACGAAAAGCACGACACCCCCUCGACCACCAACGACGAUAAUAUCUACCUCGUCGGCCGGAUGGGAGAGCACAAUGUCGCCAUCAUCAGGUCUACUAAUACCGGAAGAUCUGCGGCCACUGCGGCUGCCACGCACCUCGUUCGCACGUUCGAAAAGAUUCGCUUCGUGCUGAUGGUCGGUGUCGGCGGGGGCGCGACAAACGCCCCCAGCCGACCUGGUUCACUCAGCCCAACGGAAGACAUCUUUCUCGGCGAUGUGGUUGUCGGGAGCCCCCAUGGUGAUCAUGGCGGGGUGUUGCAGUAUGAUAUGGGCACCCAGCACCCAGAUGGAUACCAGAGACGAUCACAUCUGAACAAGCCCGGGCCACUCCUGAUUCAAGCCUCACAGUACCUGCAAGGGCAACACGGAUUCAUGGAUGGCAACAUGGAUAAAUACAUCCACCACGCGAUUUUUCAGCUGGAACAGCUCAGCAGGGGGGAGUUCCAAUGCCCUGGCUCCAAAUAUGAUCUCCUUUUCAGGCCGGAAUACUACCAUAAUGGAACAGACACGGAGCGUUGCUGGCAAUGUUGCGAUACAACUCAGCUGGUGAAGAGGACGCGGCCAGAUGUCCCUCGUGUUCACUAUGGCCUGAUAGGGUCCGCCGACACUGUCAUUCAGGACGGACAGCUGCGUGAUAGGAUGCGACAGUCAGAUAAGGUGCUAUGUUUUGAAAUGGAGGCGGCGGGCCUGAUGGACUCGUUUCCAUGUCUUGUCAUUCGCGGCAUCUCGGACUACGCUGACACCCAUAAGAACAAAGUGUGGCAGCCUUAUGCGGCUUUGACUGCAGCCGCGUAUGCAAAGGACCUCCUAUCCGUCAUCCAAGCGCAGAGGGUUGAAGAUGCUGAGCUGGCGUUAACGCUAUUGAAGGAAGAUAUACAUAAGGUCAGAGAAGGUGUUGAAGAAAUCCAUUCGAUCAUUGAAGAUAGAGAGCGCAAUGAGAUAAUAAACUGGCUUACUCCCCUGGAUUCCCACACCGAGCAGCAGAGGCUACUCGACAACUGCGUCCCCUGGGGAAAACAGCUGAUAGAGUCUAAAGUAUUCCAGCACUGGGUCGGGGGCGCACCCUGGCAGCUACGUUGCUAUGGAGCAGCGGGUGUCGGCAAGACCCAUCUCUGCGCCGUGAUAGUGGACCAUCUUCAGACUAUGCUAAGGAUGAACCCUCGGCAACCGGUCAUCUACAUCUACUUGAGUGAUGAAACAAAGAAAAGGGACUCUCAAACACGGGAUAACGUCCUAGGAAGUCUGGUGAAGCAAUUGAUCCUAUUCAAUAGCUCCGUUCCCAUACCGUCCGGUCUCAGAAAGGCAUCCAAGAACCAACUUCCGCGCGAAGCUGCACUUAAGCACGCGUUUGAAGAGCUACUUGGGGAGUAUGAACGCACUUACCUGGUUGUCGACGGCUUCUACCAAUGCUCCUCUGAUGUUCUGCACAUCCUCAAGGACUAUCCUCUUGAUCUUAUCAGGAAGGGCGUUUCACUGAGCCUUCUCACAACGUCCCCCAGUUACCGACAAGCAGCAUGCGUAAUUAAUUGUGACGGGUGCAAGAGGCCAGACCUCAAAGUCUUCUUCAAUUGCCAUUGCAAUGACAGCGACUUUGAUCUAUGUCUUAAAUGCAAGGUUGAGGGAGUUCGUUGCUUAAAUAGCCACCACACAGGAAAGGAGACCUAUGAUACGGUCCGCGUCGAAAUAUGUCCUACAGAGGAGGACAUCAUCCACUUCUGUGACUCCAGACUCACACAUGGUUCCAGCCCUGAGCAUCGGCUAUGGGAUAAGCGCAUCCACCCUGAGCCGCCCUAUAACGACUCCUGUAUAGCACGUUAUCUGCGCGACAACCCGGGACUGAAGAAGGCCAUUGCAAGGGAAAUUGCUAAAAAAGCACAGGGAAACUUUCUUGUUGCACACGAGUGUCUUCAGGUCUUGUUAAAAGCGGAUAAGAUACCACAAGACUGGGACGUCCUACUUGCCAGGGCGGAAAGCAAGGCGUUCGACGCCCUCGAAAGCCACUACGACAGCAAGAUUGAGUGUGUUAAGAACUACAACAUGGGACAGGCCUUAGCAUUCAAGGUCUUUCGUGUGCUCAUGACAACGUGUCGACCGAUAAAUAUCUUGACAUUGCAGCAUGCCUUGGCCCUCGAGAGAGAUGAAUGGCUGGAUGAGGAAAAUCUAGAGCAUCGAGUGUCCAUACUAAGAGCAACAAACGGACUGAUUACGAUCGACAAAGCAGACGACGCAAACUCCAUUGUGCGAUUCUUCCACGGGGCUCUGAAGAGGGUCCUUGGUAAGAGCCACUUGGACCCAUCGGUUGCGGAGUCAGAAAUGGCCAAACUAUGUCUAAUGUAUCUCCAACAUGAGGAUUAUGCAAAGCACUCGGCAAAUCUCGCGGCGUACCCUUUCCUUUAUUAUACUCUGCAGCAUUGGGGAGACCACGUUCGAAGUGCAUGCGACGAGCAUAACUCUGUGAUCGAGGGCAAGGCUCUUUGGCUUUUGAACGACCCUGAUAGCGUCAAGGCAAUAGCUCGAGAGGCUGGAAAAGUGCUGCCAUCAGGCUGGAUCCACGAAGGUAUUGGUGCCGUCCAUUUUUGCGCUUGGUUCGGUUUAUCUACAAUUGUGAAGAAGCUACACCGUGACGGCCACAGUUUCACAGAACCGGAUAGAAAACACGGACGGACGCCUCUGCAAUACGCAUGCAGACAGGGCCAUGUAGCCACAGUCAAGGCGCUUCUGGCAUUGAAUGUGCCCCCAAGUGACGCGGUGAUCAUGGACGUCAUCUGCGGAUUCCCGUACAUGGACCGUGAUGAGAAGGAGCGAGUGGACAUCGCAGAGAUCCUGUUAAGCGGUCGUACGCUAAAUUCGGGUAUCGACGCACUCGGUACAACAGUCCUCAUGAUGGCAGUAAAGCAUGGCUACUACGACUUCGUGGACACCCUAUUGCGCGAGAAGUCAAUAGACAUCAACGUUACGGAUAGGAACGGUCGCACCGCGUUAUGGUUUGCUGUCGACUCCCAUCCAGCACCGCUCGUUCCUCUCAAAACAGAUCUUCCCGAUGGUAUCAUCGGACUGCUGCUUCGCAAGGGGGCAGACCCAAAUAUUCAGUGCCAAAAGACCGGAAAGUCGGUUUUGGCUCAUGCAAGGUCAUCGCGGCGCUCAGCUGCGACUGCCAUCUUACUCAAAUGCGAUAGACUUGAACUAUCAAAAGAAAUAUUACCGGAUGUCACAGAUGCACAAGAGAAGCUCGGUUUGACACCGCUUCAGGCUCAACUGGCAGCAGAAGGCAGAAGUCUCUCGUCCAGCCAGCGUGCAAAUUUCAGUAUAGAUCUCAGUGCUGGUGAUACCUUGCCUGAGCCGGAGAUCCGCACGAUGAAAUCUGCGCGCAGCCACAAGCGCAGAUUACCUGUUAUAGAUGAGGGCGAGAAGAGACGAGACAAGCAAAUAAAGGUACAAUGAGACAAUCUACCGCUCUGGCGCUCAUAUGCGAUAGUUCAGCAUGUUUUCUCCCGAUCGCUUCUUGCAACUCACGAUAUGAGUCUAUGUAUCUAUUAUGUUUAUUGUAGGUGGCAAUGGGCAUGUGAUAACAGUUAUAUCGUUUACGG